AUGAUGCAUCGUUGCUGUGGCGCCUUUUUGGCAUGCUUGGAUCAAUUCACAUCGUCAGUACCGACAACCUUUGCGGAUGCCUGCCUCACUGAGAUCCACAAAACGUUUGAAUUGCGGCACGGGGAUGCCGAUUUGCAGGCAUUGCUGGAACAUUCAGUUCCUCCUGCAUCACUUUCAAAAAUACUCAGGCUUUCCCAGCAAUUGCUCCAAACCACGUGGCAGCAGUGUCAGCUACAAAUCGAUGGUGACCUCUUGAAGCUCAAAGAUUGGGCAGGUGCAUUCAACUUGUACGCGCAGCAGCAGGCAGCCCUGGACUACAAGCACAUCAACGACCGGUACAUGAAGGGCAAGGAAUGGCUUGCGGGAUUCACCAAGGAGAAGCAUACUAUGACAUCUCACUCCUCAAUUGUGCUUUCCCAUAGCUUGAUUGUCAACAUGCAACAGGAUAUGGGACCCGACGGGCUGACUAUCCUGAUUGUGGACGCCACCUUGUGGCCUUCCCGCCAGCUUUCCAUUGACGAGAGCAUCAACAUUGCCCAGACAGUCAGCUCCGGCAAUGCGCGGACGAUGGCCUUCUUCUGCCUUCCGCAGACGCACACCUCCACAAAGAGAGAUGUUGUCUUGAAGAACCGGCGUUUGUUGGAGGACAAAGUGGGAGCGUAUCUUGAAUGCGUUCCCUUCCUUUCACAUUCAGCAGGUUCUCUACACAAAGCCAUGUAA